UGUUACAGUAUGUCGGCGCAUACCUCAACGCAUUGAAUUGUUGCACCUUUAAGCGUACUGUACUUCAAUACAGUACUCCCUAAUUCUAAACAGUCAUAGAGCCUAUUGGACUGGAUCCAAAGUUAAUCAGUUACCGAAAGAACAGCACAGAGCAAGCUGAGCAACUGAGCCACGUUUCAUUUGAUCUGGUUGUGAGACGCAGUGUAACCUGGAUUGCAAUUGUUCAUUGGGAUGGCUUUGACAGCAGUUUGUAGUCUGAUUUAAAUUAACUUCCUUUGUAUUCUUUCAUUGGAAACUCUUGAUCAUACAGUAUCCUACUUAUAUUUUUUCAAAGGUAGCUUACUACAAUGGAUACCGCUGUGGGUUCUGAAAAGUCUCAUCUCAUCAAUGAGAAGAAUACUAAAAUGUAUACGCUGAAACUAAAAAGCCCAUUUCCUGGAUCCAAGGAGGGGUAUCCAAACUUCCCAUUUGAAAAUGGAGAUACAGCUACAGCCAUUGAGCUGAAGAGGCCUGUCAGUGUUCAUUGCCAUGGCAACAGAGCUGUGUGUGGGGAGAGCCAUGAAAAACAGCUUGCCAGAAAGAAACUCUAUAUUGCGUCUUUAGUCUGUUUAAUCUUUAUGAUUGGAGAAGUAAUAGGUGGCUACCUUGCCCAUAGCUUGGCAAUAAUGACUGAUGCUGCGCACUUGCUCACAGAUUUUGGGAGCAUGAUGGUCAGUUUAUUCUCCUUGUGGAUUUCAUCCAGGCCUCCCACCAAAAUCAUGAGCUUUGGUUGGCACAGAUCAGAGAUUCUGGGGGCCUUUAUUUCAGUGCUGUCCAUCUGGAUCGUGACUGGAGUGCUAGUGUACUUGGCUGUUGAGAGAAUUGUCAACAAUAACUAUGAGAUUGAUGGCCACGUGAUGCUCAUAACUUCAGGCUGUGCAGUUGGGGUCAAUGUAAUAAUGGCCUUAAUCCUGCAUCAGUCCAGUACUUUGCACAGUCACAGCCAUGGCUCUGGGUACCACAAAAUAGAUGAGGGAGGUGAAAGUCCCAUCAGCCACGGGCACUCACACAGCCUCCUAGGGGCCCAUGGCAACACCAGUGUGAGAGCCGCCUUCAUUCAUGUCAUCGGAGACCUCCUGCAGAGUGUUGGAGUACUGGUGGCAGCCAUUAUAAUUUAUUUCAGGCCUGAAUACAAGAUAGCAGAUCCAAUUUGCACCUUCCUAUUCUCCGUAUUUGUCUUGGGAACCACCACAACGAUCCUGAGGGAUGUAUUUAGAAUACUUAUGGAAGGGGCCCCAAAGGGAAUUGAAUUCAACUCUGUUAAGGACGUUCUGCUGUCUCUGAAGGCCGUGAAGGCGAUGCACAGCCUUCACCUGUGGGCACUGACUCUGGGUCAGACCCUUCUCUCUGUUCAUAUUGCCAUUGAGGAGAAUUGUGAUCCCCAGAGUGUCCUCAAAGAAGCCACAGAGCUCCUCCAGACCAAGUUUGGAUUUUACAGCACAACAAUUCAAGUGGAGCACUACUCAGAAGAUAUGGCACACUGCAUACAGUGUCAGGAUCCUGUGGACUGAGGUUAACAUGGUGACAGGAGCCCCAGGAGUAGGUAGGCCAUCUUUUCAAAAGAAAAGGGCCUCCAUUCAUAGGGGCAGAUACAUGCUGCCAGUCUAUAAACCACAUAAGCAUUUUCAAAAUGUCCCUUAUUUUAACCAGAGAUAGAAUACAUGCAAAAAGCACAAUGAUGAUAAUUGUUUUUUUUUAUUUUGCUGCACUUUAUAUGAAAAUUUCACACACAAGAUAAGACAGAUACAUUUCACUCUAGUGUAUCAAAGCGUUAUGAAGUGCUUUGAUUCGACCACAAUCACCUGGAUUAGACAAAUUAAAAACUUCAUCCCUAAGGCUUAGAGAAGUGUGUAGCUCCUUGGCAUUGCACUGCAUUAAAAGUGUUCUUGGCAGACUACCUGCUAUCCAACUGCUUAAAUGCCCUGUACACAUUAUAAUUUUAAGAUACAGAUGAAGAUGUUUUGUCUUUCCCAACAUGAAUUGAUUCUGAUAUGGCAGUUCUAAAUAUUUUUUAAAUUCACAAAUGAGCAGAAAGGGAAAAAGGGCAAAAUCAUCCCCUUCAAUAAACAAGUAGCUGUAAGCUGUUGUACAGGGGAAACUUGUAAUUCAAGGUCCCCUGGUUUUGAAAAGUAUCUAUAAAACCUGAACAUAGGCUCCUCAUGCUGAAAAUUGUACAAAAUGGUUGAUGUUACCAAUAUAUAAUGUGCCAUCUAUUCAGAGAUAUUGACUUCACAUACAGUACAUGUAUAUUGUUAAGCAAGAUUCAUAUUUGCUGUGGAACGCACACUUUCCCUUGCUGAUCCUCAAAGUAUUAGAUAUUCUCUCUAGGUAAAACAAAAAACAUGUAUUUGUUCUGUGGGGGAAAAAAAAACACUUUUUGGUCAGCAUUGGCUCUUUUUCCAUGCUGAUAAAAGAUUACAGCCGAAGGAUACCUUGUUCCAUUGGUAUCUACCAAAAUACCUUUAAAUUACAAAAAAACAGUAAAUAAUUAACUUUUGCAGAAAUAUGCCCUUUUGAAACUCAGAAUUCUUGGAAACAGAUGUGUGCUCUUGUUAUUAAGAGUUUUGAACAGAUUGGGAGCUCUCACGCACGGACAGCAAUUAAAGGGCCAUGUAAGGCAUUUACUGUUUAUAAUUGUAUACAGUGUAUAUAUAUCUAGAUAUAGAAUAUCUAGAUUUAUUGGAAUUCAGCUGAAUCUAAUGAAUAUAUUAUAGCUACUCUGUAGAUCAAGCAAUUUUGUUAUUUAAAUUUCGUGACUUCCAUUUACAUCCAUAGGUAAAUGUAUACCUAAAGUAUUUGACGAAUACGAAUUAAGUAUUCGUAUAAAGCCCAAAUAAACUAAAAAUGUGUACAAUAAAGUCAUCAUACUAGAAUGUAUGGUAUUUAAAAAGUUACCUUUAGAAUUCUAUGUACUGUAAAUUUCUUUGUCAGUAUUAUGAUUGUAGAGGAUCAAGGAUUUUCAAUGUAAUCAACAUUUCAUAAAAGCAAAAUAGUUGAUUCAUUAAUUACAAAGCUAUAUUGAAUAAGAAAAAAAAGUGUCCUAAUAAACUUCCCAUACAGCUCAAUCAAUAAAGACACUGGUUCAGAGUUCCGUUUACACCUUUUACGCAAGAUGUCACUGAUUCAGUUGUAGGAUAUGUUAUUUGCUGUCUGUGACUGGUUCUCUUUAUCUGGUCAUGUGCCACAGGUAAUGGAUGGGCUUGAAACCACUAGAAAUCACACACUAGUUUGCAGUGUUACCAGUCAGAGCUGCAUAGCUCCACAGUGUGUGUUUCAACAGAAGGUGUAUACAGUCAUUUGUCAUGUGUUGAUGCAAAGAUGGCAGAAGUACACUGAUUAAUCCAUACUGAGGCAUAAUAAAGAACUAGGCAGCAUUCAACUCAAAAGUUUUUUAGGUUGAAAGACAUGCAUCUCUUUAUUGAAAAAAGUUUUUUAAACUACAACACAUGAACUUGGUCCCAGGAGGUGGCAGACGAGUAGGCAAUUCUAAUUUCCAUUGCCAGUUUGGUUAACACUGCAGACUAGUAUGCUUGUAUUCAGCAUUUCCACAGUCACACAGAACAGAACAGCUGCUGUGUAACUGCCUGUCUUCUGGGUCUGCGUGUUUCGGAAAUGGGCUUUGACACAACAGCACUAAACCUAAUUAGAAACCUGAUGUUCAAUAUUUUGCUAAAAUGGUGCAGAGGAGUUGUUUAAUCUGUUACACUGCCCAAUUCGAGACACAGGAGACUGAGACUUACUGCCAAAUUCCAAUUUUCUCACGUCUUAGCUGUGAAUUUGUUUCUCUUUUCCCCUCACGAAAACAGAUAACCGGAAUGAAUACACUGAACUAACCGAGUAAGUAAUUUUCAUCGGCUUGUCUAUUUCGUCAGUACAUUGUGCUUUCCGCAACAUUUCCAAUCUCUGGUUCAAGUGCCCUCACACUGCCUCAACAGCCUUCCUACAUUCCAAGAUAGACUGUUGAAAUUCUUCAGUACGCAGUACUGCAAUACCAGUCAAACCCCAGACUUUUCCACAAACACCUCCUGUAGGCUCCAUAAAAUUAAAUGUUUAAAUAAAUGUGAUCUAGGUGUAAACAAAUGUGAAGUGGUGUAUUUUGUGCAAAAAAAGUAUUGAAUCAGACAAGAGAAAUAUGUUUAAUUACCAACUUCAAAUACCCACCUUACAAGUAAUGAUCAUUUCACAUAUCCAUUGUUUUUUUCAGCUGUGUUGUAAAAUAUUAAUGUUUUACCCUGCAUAGCUAAAAUAACGAGAUAACCGAAAGACAGGACAUUUCUGAGAAGAUCAAUUUUUAAAGAAAAUGCAUGAAAGAUAUUUUGUCCUCUAUUUCUAAUGAAUUGUCAUGAAGUGAAAUGUUUAAUAGGGAUUGAAUGACUAAUCUGAAAAUACAGUGAAGGUAAAGCUGCUAUCUGUCAUUGAAAUAUCUGCAUAUGUAUAUAUUUUUGUCACUUUUGAUAUGAGGAAAAUAUUUUUUAAAUUUCAAAUAUUUUACCAACAUUUGUACAACGUGCUAAAUGAGUUAAAGCCUGUGAAAAAUAAGGGAAUUGUAAAGCAAGACAAAAUUUAUAGUGCAUAUGAAAUAUUCCUCAAAUGCAAUCAAAUUGUUUGAGAUUAUAGUCCAAGCAAGGUAAACCUGUGUUAACAGUGAAGGAACAGAGCUGGAAAUAAUAUUACCAUGUAAUCCUAAUACAUGAAACACCUGACAGUGUCUCUGAGAAAAUGAGUGACCAGAAUUUGAAUGAGUGUAAGAAAUGCAAAAAGGUGUAUUUCAUGGAUUCCUCUAUUUAAAAACAAACAGUGCAGGGCAAAUCUUACAAAUGCCACUGACAUCACCCAUGUGCAUGAAUAGACAGACAAUGACUUGUUUUGAGAUUUUAAAAGUACUGUAAGAUUAUUUUUAACAGAACAGGUAAUAUUAACUUGCAUCAUUUAAAAGCAUACUGUAUGUGGCAAUUGAGGACCAGACAUAUGUGAAACAAAAUGGCACUUUAAAUAAAAUGAUAAAAUAAAUAACAGACCUAAUCAGCAAAAAUAAAGAGAUAAAAAACAUCUGGAGUUUUACUGAACUUGAGUUAAGUAGGUGACUGACGGAAAGUAUUUCCUGUAAGAAACAAACUUGAUGUUUUUUGCUUUAGAAACUGAAAUAUAUACAGUAGGAUAUGCAGUUUUGUAUUAUUUUUAAAUGUCUGAAAUAUUAGAAAUAAUAAUAUAAAAAGAUACCAAAAUAUUUAUAAAAAAAUCAUUUUCAAACUCUGUAAAGAACCUAAGAGAAGAACAGUAUGUGUACACAAUGUGUCUAUUGUAUAUAACGUAUUUGAAUUACAGACAUUAAUGCACAGAAUAUGCCUUUGAGCAUUCAAAGGAUUUAAUAAAUAUUCUGGUAUACCCUUGUAAUGGUUGAAUUCAUACAUCAAAGAUACCAAAUGUUCCUUUUAAAAAUGUUAUCAUAUGGCAGUAUGGAGAGUUAUUCUUCUUGGUACAGUACAGUAUGUCACUUCUCUAUGGGUGCAUUGUGAAAGCACAAAAUAAACCCAACCUCACCACAACACCCAUCCAGCAGAGCUAAGAUGUGAUUAUACAGUGGUUAUACAAUUACUGAAUUUACAUAUAAAUGUUGCAGAUAUAUUUUUCUUGAAAAUGCUUUCCAAUUUAAACAAAUGUGUUCUGUAAAUACUUCAAACUAAACUUCAAGCUUUAAUUUAAUUGAUGGUUCUGAUAGUUACUGUACUUAUAGUACAAAAGCAGUUGAAACUGUAGAUUUGAAAUUAAAGUAGCCAAAAGACAAACAGAUAUUGCUUCUUUCUGUACAUUUUAGAGUAAAAAGUAUGUACAAAAUUCAAGGAACUUAAUAUUUGUUAGCUGCUUUGAGGUCUGUACUUUGUCACUGUAGGACUUCACAGGUAUGACAAGACAGGCCAAUGAAAAUAAGCAGGAUCCUAGACAGUAUAAAUAAUGUUCCUGAAAUAGAGUCUAAAAGCUCCUACAUUGCAUUUAGAUUUCCAGAGUGUGCCCUGCCAGCAGAAAUCCCAACCAUCACAAUCAGGGAACUUUUUACUGCAACAGGAACUCUGAAGGCAAAAGGAGAAAAAGAAAGGUUUAUGAAGAUGCAUCUAUCUAAAAUAAAAUUAAUUAGGUCUUGACUAAAAAAAAAAAAAUACUCCCAUCCUUAUUUUUUAUUUUAAAAAUGAAUUGAUUUUGACCUUGGUAGGGAUGUAAAAAUUGUACAUGAGAAGCGAAAAGUUAUAUUUCUUUUCCCUUUUUGCCACACAUACAGUAGUUAAAAUGCAGAAUUAGAUACUGUAGUAAUGUAAAAAACAAAAGUCAUACGCAUAACCCAUUGUCUAAAAAUGUUGGGCUGUCUUACCAAAUACUUUAUACUCUAUAUAACUGACAAUUUAUAGUUAUCAUUAAUCAUGAACAUUAAGCCCAAUGAAUUGGACAAAGAUGAUGGAGAGUAGGAGGAAUUAUCUGUCCCUCAGAAAUAACACUGCAGUAUCCAUUUUGAAAUAGAUGGAAUCAAUUUACAUUGAGCUCUUUACUUUAGGUGCAAGCUAAAUCACAAUAAACAAUAAUGAGGGAGAGAGCAAUUUGCUGAACUGAGCAAUGUGUUAUCAUAAAAAAGCAAAGUAAUGUAUGAGUUAAGUCAACCUAAGCUGAAUAAAAAUUGAAACAAAAAUUGAUAAACUGAGCACACAUGACUAUAAUCAUCUGCAGGUCGGACAUCGUGGCUACUCAUUUGUCUAUACAUAGUUUAGAAUUGAAUUUUUCAAUGAUCAGAUAUUCUAAAGCUUUUAUUUUAUGAGUUUUUGCCCCACACUAUAAUGUAUAAUAAGGUCUGAGAUUAGAUAGCCACCUACUAUACUUCAAACUGUUUGAUCCUUGGGACACCCAAUAUCUUACACCUUUUGAGCAAAAUUCAUCCAUUCUACAUGGGGUUUUAAAGAUAAUCUUAUGGAAUUACAGUAUAUUAUUUCUUUAUGAUUAAAUUUAAGUGUACUGUACAUUUCCAUUUUAAUACCUGAAAGUCCUGACUGAUUUUUCAACAUUUGAGUGGAAUUAUCUUUCACCACUAAACCAAAAUCAACUUUGAAAAUCAGGCUCAUGUGCUUUUAGUUCUGCAUUAUGUGAAUUGUGAAUUCUUUUAGCAUGUUUUUUUCACUUAGUCCACAGUUUCUAAGCUUUUUUAUUUGUUUGAACAACUUUCAGUUCCCAAUAAAAUAUAUAAUGAACCUAGAGGACAUGUCAUUACUGCACAUUCCCAUAGUAAAGAGACUUUGUUAGAAACUAGGUUAGUAUGGAUCAACCUAAAAUAGAGAUAAUUGUUCAUCUAACCAAUAUACUGAAACAGGUAAACCCAGCAUGGGGUGCAAUACAAUUUCUAGCUUGUCUAUCUUUUUUUUUCCAAUAAAAUACUCCAAUUAAAGGUCUAAUCAAAAUAUGUCUGGUCUGCUCUGCUCAGUCUUUUACCAGGUGUAAACAAUUAGAAAAUGAGAUGAGAUCAUAACGUGUGUCUAUUAACAAUUACCAUCAACCUAAGUAAUUAAGACUUCAGCUGAAACAGAACAAUCAGUAGGCACAGGAGCCUGGAAUAAAAAUAAUCAUAUUCAUUUUCUGGAAAAUUUCAGGUACAUGAUGGCAUGAUUCUUUUGGACUGAUACAGGUAAACAAAAAGCCAUCUUUAGCUAUUGAUUACUCUGGACCUUAAACCUGUCCAUGACUUCACUAAAAUGUAGGAGAUGUACAGUAGGAAACAUUUAAUGCUUGAUUUUUUAUUUAGUUUUUUUCCCGCCUUUUUCUAGUUGCUGAACUCUCCAGGUAUAAAGUACUGCUGAAUGCUUUAUUACACAAUACAUCACACUUGCCUCCUGUUUUGUGUUUAUGAAUUCAACAUAAUUACAUCUUUAUAAAACAACAUAAUUACCACAAAAAACUAUAAUCUAUCAACAACAAAGUCUGUUUGCCAUUGAGAUUUUUAUUUCUUAUCUGGAAAACAACUGUAUGUUUAGGAUCAUGUUAGGCAGCAAAACAAUUCGGCAACAGUGCAUAGGAACUGGGGGUCCAUUUGAAAAACCAGAUGUUCAGAAGUAAUUUCUCAAAAAGUCAAUGGCCUACAUCCAUCUACGUAAAUUUACAGUAAUACAGAAUAAAUGAAAAUUAUAUCACUUUAACCCUAGUUUACAAUGAACGGCCGUUAUUAAAAAUUAUAACUUGGGAUCCACUUGGACCACUAAGAUCUUGAAUAGGUUAAAUUUAGGCCAGAAUGUAUCCAAGACAAAUAUCUUGUACAAUAAUGUAGAAUCAAAUUAGGAGAUAAUGAUGUAAAAGUUUAAUUUUGCACUACUGUGUGAAAGAUUCCCUCCCAGCAUUAAUCCAUACAGUGCCUGACUCUCUCAGAAGUGCUCAAAGUGGCACCAGAUGGUUUCCACUUCAAUGUUGCAUAAAACACUCAAAUGUACGUAAUAUGCAAAUGUAAAUGUCUUACAGAUUAUUUGUUUUUAAAACCUAAAAUUAGAAAUAGCCUCACUAGGACAAAAAAUAUUUGUACAGAAUGAAAUGUGAAGUAUCAUUUAGCCACAUGAUAAAAUUCUGAUUUAUUACAAUUCUAUUAUUUGACACUUUCUAAGUUCAAAACAAGUUAUUUUUAAUUUAAUCUCAUGAAGAAAACAUUCUACAUCAAUCUGGACCUUGUGCAGCUGUAUUCGUCCAACGAUUUUAAUGUCUGUUACCUCUGUGUUGUAUUUGUGCCAAUUGUAAAUAAUAAAGGAAAAGCCCUUAACUUUCCAGUGUAUAAAUGUUUUGUGAAAAGUGUAAAUAGUUGUUUACUGUGUGGAGUAAUAAUGUGUAAAUUGUUUUAUAAGGGACAUACAAAAACGUAAAACAUUAUGAAACAUUAGCCAUUAUAAUGCUGUUGAACGUUAUCACUGUAUAUCUGUAAAGUGUUUUUUCCUUGUCUUGGUUUUUGAAAUUACAAUAAAAAAUGAAAUGUA